AUGCACCGAUUUCUCCUAACGGCAGCGGAGGCGAUGGCAGCGGAAGUACAAAUAGCGGGCUUGCAGGACGCAGGAUGGGCGGAGCAGGCACGGGGGGAGGAGGCAUGGGCGGAGGAGGCAUGGGCGGAGGAGGCAUGGGCGGGGGAAGCACGGGCGGAGGAGGCAUGGGCGGACCAGGCACGGGCGGAGCAGGCACGGGGGGAGGAGGCAUGGGCGGGGGAGGCAUGGGCGGACCAGGGAUGGGCGGACCAGGCAUGGUUGGAGGAGGCAUGGGCGGAGGAGGCAUGGGCGGAGGAGGCAUGGGCGGAGGGGGCAUGGGCGGACCAGGCAUGGGCGGACCAGGCAUGGGCGGACCAGGCAUGGGCGGAGCAGGCACGGGGGGAGGAGGCGUGGGCGGAGGAGGCAUGGGCGGAGGGGGCAUGGGCGGAGGAGGCAUGGGCGGAGGGGGCAUGGGCGGAGGAGGCAUGGGCGGAGGGGGCAUGGGCGGAGGAGGCAUGGGCGGAGGAGGCAUGGGCGGAGGAGGCAUGGGCGGCGGAGGCAUGGGCGGCGGGUCAUCGGGUGGGAGUGCGUGUGGCAACAGCAGCAGCAGCAGGAGUGCCAAGCUCACGAGCAGCAAUGGCAAGAGGUGCGCCGAGUCCCUCUGCCUGCCAUACUCCUCACCUUCUAACGUGUGGGGGGCACCCGUCGCCCUUCGGCCAGCACCCGUCGCCCUUCGGCCAGUACCACUACCACGUCGCUCCUGGCGUCGCCAACCCCUCUGCCAUCUCCGCCUCUCGCACCACCAACUUCCACCUCUGCAGCGCCUCUUUCUGGAAGGACACCCCUGGCGAGCACUCCCCGCUGCUGGGCUUCCUGGCGGACGGCAUUCCCCUCUACGGCCCGCGCGGAGCAGGGGGGGAGCUGCCGUCGGGGGUGGACGAGUGCGGGGGGCACGUGGGCGACGGCAGUGGGGGCGAGCCGGUGUUCUACCACUACCACGCCAGCAGCACGGCGCCCUACACCGUGGCGUGCCUCAAGGGCUGCGUUGACUCCUCUGACUGGGGCAACGUGGGCUCCGCCUCCUGCAGUCAGGCCACCAAGCAAUACGACUACUCAUCCCUGGCAGCAGUGCAGGCAGCAUAG